AUGCAUUCACUCUCCUCCAUCCGCUGUGCCCCCACUCUACAGGAGGAGCUGUUAGGUUCCAGGGAGGAUGCCGCCUUGGCCAUGGGCGUCCACGGGCUGCGGCCGGCUCUGGACCAGCAAAGGGUCCCCGGCCCCCAGCUCCAAGCCCAGGGCAUGCGUCCACAGAUGCUACAGGUCUUCGGGGAAGGAGGAGCCAUGGCCCAGCUGGUCCUGCCGCCGCCCCCGUGGCUGGGGGGAGCCCUCGGCCCACAAGAAGAAGAGGAAGAAGAGCACGGGGCCCCAGACGCUUUGGGGGCAAUGGGAGGCCUAGUCGAGGCGCGCCACAGUUUUGAAGAUCAGGAGGAGGAAUUGGCGGAGGAGGAGGAGGAGGAGGGGGAAGGGGAAGAGGUUGGAGGGGAGGACCAGGGGCCGAGGCCCAAAAGGAGGGGGCCAAAGAAGAAGCGGAUGACCAAGGCGCGGCUGGAGCGUUUCCGGGCGCGGAGGGUCAAGGCGAACGCCCGGGAGAGGACCCGCAUGCACGGACUGAACGACGCGCUGGAUAGCUUGCGCAGGGUCAUGCCCUGCUACUCCAAAACGCAGAAGCUCUCCAAGAUCGAGACGCUUAGGUUGGCCAGAAAUUACAUCUGGGCCUUAUCCGAGGUUCUGGAGACGGGCCAGACGCCGGAGGGCAAGGGCUUCGCCGAAAUGCUCUGCAGAGGACUGUCCCAACCCACCAGCAACCUCGUGGCUGGCUGCCUCCAGCUGGGCCCGCAGCCCGGCGGCCGAGACCCGCAGGACGGGAAGACCCCGCCGGCCGUCUCCGCCCCGCCCGUGCCCAGCUUCGGCUACCAGUCGCCCGGGAUCCCCAGCCCGCCCUACGGGCUUCUCGAGGCGCCCCUCCUACACCUCAAGGCUCCGGCUUUCAAGGGCCAGGGAGAGGCCUGCUUCGGGGUUCCUCCGCCCUGCACCCCGCCACCCUUCGAAGGCCCCCUCCCGCCGCCGCUCAGCGUCAGCGGCAACUUCGCCCUGAAGCAGGGCCAAGCUCCCGGUCUAGACAAGGCUUUCGCCUUCCUGGGCCCCUACCCCGCCGGGAGUCUGGACCGGGCGCACGGACCCGCCGUCCACUUCCCGGAGGCCGCCCCGCGCUAUGAAAUCCCCGUCCAGUCGGCACCCUACGACCGCUACUCGCACCCCGGAGCGGGGGCGCAGCUCAGCGCCAUCUUCAGCGACUAG